UUCGCUGAUUCGCUCAACCAUGGCCACGUCAUCACUCAUCGGAUAGCGCGCUCGCAACGCACACCUGCCGCUUCGUGCGCGCCCGCACAGAUGGCGCUCCGGCAACUCCUCCGCCCCCUCCUCCCAUCGCCUCCUCUCCGGAACCCUAGCCUCCCACCCUCACCGCCUCCCUCCUCCUCCUCAGCCACCGCCCUCACCACCCGCCGCGCCGCCGCCGCAGCAGCGAUCCUCCUGCUCGCCGCCUCCCCUCCGCCGCGCCCCGCCCGCGCCGAGCCCGGCGGCGAGGACGUCGACGAGGCCCGCGUCGUCCGCCUGUUCCAGGAGGCGUCGCCGUCGGUGGUGUUCAUCAAGGACCUCGUCAUCGCGGGGCCACAGCGGCGGGGAGGUGGGGAGGAGGACGAGGAGGAAGGCGGCGCCAAGGUGGAGGGGACCGGGUCGGGCUUCGUGUGGGACUCCGCGGGCCACAUUGUGACAAAUUAUCACGUGGUUGCAAAAUUAGCUGGAGAUGGAUCUGCAUCUCAUCGCUGCAAGGUUUUCUUGGAGGAUUCGAGUGGCAAUAGUUACUCAAAAGAAGGGAGGCUAGUAGGAUAUGAUCCAGCAUAUGAUCUUGCUGUUCUGAAGGUUGAUGUUGAUGGUGACAAAUUGAGGCCUAUUCUGAUCGGCACAUCACGGGAUUUGCGAGUUGGGCAGAGCUGCUUUGCCAUUGGGAACCCUUAUGGAUAUGAGCACACUUUAACUACUGGGGUGGUUAGUGGAUUGGGGAGGGAGAUACCAUCUCCCAAUGGGAGAGCGAUUCGUGGGGCCAUACAGACAGAUGCUGCUAUAAAUGCUGGUAACUCAGGAGGCCCACUUAUUGACUCUUAUGGCCACGUAAUUGGAGUUAACACAGCUACUUUCACACGUAAAGGUCAGGAUAUGCCAAGAGCCAUAGUGAAAACUCCACGCUUCAUUGUUCUGUGUUCACAUGAUCUAUCUCAUGAGAACCAAUUUAAGGAAAUCUGCUGUACCAGAUGACGAUGGUAUUUCUGUUUCUGGAUCUGGGAUCUCAUCCGGGGUAAACUUCGCCAUCCCCAUCGACACUGUUGUGCAGUCAGUCCCUAAUCUAAUUGUAUAUGGAACCUCUGUGAGCAACAGGUUUUAACUCUGUUGUACAUUGUCUACUUCAUGCAUGUACUCUCUCUGCUACACUCAUUACUGCUUACGAUACUUACGGUGCUUAUUGGAUACUAAGCUGAUGUAGAGGCCGGGAUAUCUUUAUAUUCCGUUAUCUAAAAAAACGAUUUUGGA